AUGGGGCGCGCCAUCCUGUUGACUCUUACCGUCAUGUCCAUGUUGCUGUGCCAGUUAAUGAUGAGUUGCUUUCGUCCGCAGGGGUUUUGUUCGGGAGUUUUUGAGCUGAAGUUGCAAGAGUUCCUAAACAAGAAGGGGGUACAGGGCAACAAAAACUGCUGCAAGGGAGGUCUGACCUCGUCUUUCCAGCAGCAGUGCGAAUGUCAAACCUUCUUCAGGAUCUGUCUCAAGCACUACCAGCCCAACGCCUCCCCGGAGCCUCCGUGCACCUACGGCGGCGCCGUGACGCCAGUGCUCGGCUCCAACUCAUUCCAGGUCCCCGAUGUCAUCCCAGAGAAUUCAUUCUCUAACCCCAUCAAGAUUAACUUCGGCUUCACGUGGCCGGGGACCUUCUCGCUGAUCAUUGAGGCAUUACACACAGACUCCAAAGACGACCUCUCCACAGAAAAUCCAGACCGCGUUAUCAGCACCAUGAUCACCCAGAGGCACCUAACGGUGGGAGAGGACUGGUCUCAGGAUCUGCACACCGGCGGCAGGACGGAGCUCAAGUACUCGUACCGCUUUGUGUGCGAUGAACACUACUACGGAGACGGCUGCUCGGUGUUCUGCCGGCCGAGAGACGACGCCUUCGGCCACUUCACCUGUGGAGAGCGCGGGGAGAUUGUGUGCGACUCCGGGUGGAAGGGACAGUACUGCACUGAACCGAUCUGCCUGCCAGGCUGCGAUGAAGAGCACGGCUUCUGCGAGAAACCUGGAGAGUGCAAGUGCAGAGUGGGAUUCAAAGGCCGCUACUGCGACGAGUGCAUUCGUUACCCAGGCUGCCUCCACGGGACCUGCCAGCAGCCCUGGCAGUGCAACUGUCAGGAGGGCUGGGGGGGACUCUUCUGCAACCAAGAUCUCAACUACUGCACUCACCACAAGCCCUGCAUGAAUGGAGCCACUUGUAGCAACACUGGUCAGGGCAGCUACACCUGUUCCUGCAAGCCCGGCUUCACUGGGGCCAGCUGUGAGAUCCAGGUCAGCGAAUGCGCUGGAAACCCCUGUCGCAACGGAGGAAGCUGCACUGAUUUGGAAAACACAUACACCUGCACUUGCCCUCACGGUUUCUAUGGCAACAACUGCGAGCUGAGUGCCAUGACGUGUGCUGACGGCCCAUGUUCCAAUGGAGGCCGCUGUGCUGACAACCCUGACGGAGGCUACUUCUGCCAGUGCCCCACAGGAUACGCAGGGUUCAACUGCGAGAAGAAGAUCGACCAUUGCACCUCCAGCCCCUGCUCCAAUGGUGCACGUUGUGUGGAUCUUGUCAACUCAUACCUGUGUCAGUGCCCAGAUGGUUUCACUGGCAUGAACUGUGACCACACUGGCGACGAGUGCUCUAUGUAUCCUUGCCAAAACGGCGGGACGUGCCAGGAAGGUCUUAACGGGUACACCUGCACCUGUCCACCGGGAUACACUGGCCGCAACUGCAGCUCACCCAUCAGCCGCUGUGAACACAACCCUUGCCACAACGGCGCCACUUGCCACGAGAGAAACAACCGCUACGUGUGCGCAUGUGUCCCUGGCUACGGUGGCAGAAACUGCCAGUUCUUGCUUCCAGAGCACGCUGCGAUGCGCGGGUCAGAAGUGCCCUGGAUGGCCAUCGGGUCCGGUGUGGCCCUGGUGCUGCUGCUGCUGGCAGGAUGCGCUGUACUUGUUGGAUUUUUCCGAUCAAAAGCCCAGCGCGGCGGUCAAGUAGAAACCGCCUGCGAGGGAGAGACAAUAAACAACCUGACUAACAACUGUCACCGCAGUGACAGGGACCUGGCAGUCAGUGUGAUGCCGACACCAGGCGUAAAAAAUAUCAACAAGAAGAUGGACUUCUGCAGCAGUGACCCUGAUGAAGGAUCUUCACCAGAGAGGAGCAGCUACAAGAGCCGCCAUCCGCCUGCAGACUACAACCUCGUACACGAGGUCAACUAUGAGCAGGCGGCUAAAGAGGCCAUGCUGGAGGCGGCCUGCGAGGACAAGUGCCAAUCCCUGGACUCGUUUGAGUUUGAGGAGAAACGCAGCAAACGUUUAAAAUGCGAUGCAUCAGAAAAGAAAGCCCCAGAAAUGUCUGCAUGUGCGGACACCAAGUACAAAUCUGUGUUUGUGAUGUCAGAGGAAAAGGACGAAUGUAUUAUUGCAACUGAGGUGUAACGAGCCACCAAUGGGCUGCCCGUUGCUUAUUUGCUCUAUGGGAGAGUUUUUAUACUCCUUCAGAUGCUGCUCUAACCCUAGGGGGAGGUGUCCCGCCUUGAGACUGCUGCUGAUACUGAGACGUUUAACUGAUAUUCAGAGUGAGCUGGUUCUCUACUGGAAACUAAGCGCAGGCAGCGGCGGCCUGUGGGAUAGGAACUGGCGGGGCAAAAAAUAAAAAGUUUACGGUUGAAAGUAAACUGCCACUUAGCUUUCUGUUCUGUCUGCCUUUUAUAGAGGAGUGGGGGUAAAAAAUUAAAUAUAAACGGACACUGUCUCGUGGCAAUAACGUGCGAUGCUACGAUUUUUGUUUUUGCAACAUUUGCACCCAGGCCUUUUCUCUAACCCACACGCCGUUGCUGAACGCAGGAACUGCAUCAAACGGUGGAUGUUUGGCCAUACUGGCCUGUUCUUCAUGAGGCUGUUCAUAUGGGCUGUGCACCCAUCACUACACCUGUGAAGACUGUAUGUAUACUUGAUCACUGUGUUAACUGAAGUGCGUUUUCUUUCCUAAGCCCUCCAAACCAUUUAUGACAUAGUAUUGUUCAAUUUUUUUUUGUUGUUUUGGGGACAUAAAAACUUUGUCUUAAUAAAAAAAAUGUUGCUUUUUGAUACAGAUUGUCCUUUUGUAAAAUAAAGAAAGAAAAAACAAGAAAA